GCAAGAAAAACAAGCAAACCGAAUCGAACUGAUUCGAUCUAAGCCACACGGAAGGACACCUCCUCAACAUCAACAGCAACAGCAACAACAACGACCACGGAUGAUAACGUAACGUAGCCACAGCGUUGGAGCAACACUACAACCACAACCACAUCGCAGCGGACAUCGCAAACAAGUAAAUUACCAUUUCUCAUUUUAUCAAAAAGAAAUCUUCAAGCCAAGAACCAAACAAAGCAAUCAAAUCAAAUCAAAUCAAAUCAAUCCAUCCAAAUCCAAGUACAAGUACAAAACCAAGUCAAAGUCAAAGUAUCCAAAUUGCAUAAGAGUCACGUAUGCGCUGUGAACAAACCAUGUUCCUCAAGCAUUUCUUGUAGCCCACCCACUUGAUUCAAGCUCUGGCUCCUAAAUCCGACCCCCAAAAUCUAAAUCAUUCGAUUCGAUUCGGUCAGGUCAAGGAGCCAGUGCUAGGCAAGUCAAGUUAGCGCAAGAUUACGUUAGAUUCUCGAUUUUUGAUUUUCGAUUCUGACAAGCGCCAAACCGAACAGAAAAGAACCGAACAGCAGAUCAAAAAAAGAUAACUGAAUACAGAAAGCAUACAGAUAUUGUGUAUAGAUCAUCACUACAUCCGCAUCAACAUGUCGGCGGCCCGCCUGCCCUACUAUCAGCAGGAUCAUGAGGACCGGCAUCAGCAGCGACGUGGUGGACGCGAUUAUAAGCGCGGCUACAACGAGCGUGGGUCCGGCGGAUCUUCAAGGCGGGAGCGCAGCCGCUACAGUCGAAGCCGUUCGCGUUCCCGUAGUCGCAGCCGCUCCAAUGAGCGUUCUAGCCAACGUCGCCGUCGCCAGGACCAUCAGCGGCAAAAGUCCUCUCGUUACCACAGGGACCGCGACUCCAGAGAUCGGUCCAGAGAUCGCUCAAGAGACCGCUCCAGGGAUCGAUCCCGAGACCGUUCCAGGGAUCGUGACCGUGACUACUCAAAACGUUCAAAUCACUACCGCCGCUCAGAAUCACCUUCUGUCCCUGGCCCUAUAUCCGGAUCCAGCAGCAGCCAACGAAGGGGCCACCAUUCAUCAUCCGCCGGCAGGUCAGAGCUAACCGCCGUACAGAAGGCAGCCGCUGCGGCUGCCGCUGCCACGGAUCAGGUCCAGUUGGCCAGCAAGAGCAAUGUCACCGCUUCCGUGGGUGCCUACUACAAUUUGGACACCGACGAGCCUUUCGACAAGGAACGUAUCCACCGGGAGAUGGAGCAAAAGCUACGAGAAGCACUAGCCAGAGAGGGUAAGGUGUACCCUCCACCGAAGCCGGAACCACCUUCGCAUCCCGUCUUCGCUAACGACGGCUCGUUCAUGGAGCUGUUCAAAAAGAUGCAGGAGGGACAGAAGCAGCAAGUGAGCAGCCUCCAGAUGCAGCAGCCAGCAAUGGAGGAUCUCCUGCACCAGCAGCAUUUGGCCUCUGCUGAGGCCUCCGCAGUUCCCGCAUUGCCGGCCAUUGCCGUAGGAGCCGCCAGCAGCUCAGCUGCUCCCUAUAUAGCCGCUGCUGCUGCCGGAAAACUAGCGCCGCCUCCUUCUUUCGUGGGACGACGUCGUGGAGGAAAAGUCCUAAAGACUGGCGUAGUGGCCAAGGUGAAGACGACCAAUGAGAGUGACGUGGACCCAAAGGACUUCUGGUCAUUGUAUCUGGCCGAGGUCAACAAGUACAAGAGCAACGCCUGCGAUACGGAUAACGGCAAGCGUCCGUUGGUCAAGUAGUCGCAAUAACAAUCCCGCUUCUCAUAGAAACAUGAACUUGAACGCAGUCAGAGCAGCAAACGUGAACUCCCCCCCCAGCUACAUAUUCGAUUUUGAUUCGAUCAAAAGCGUUUUUCCAAACACUCGAAAAACACUGCGAUUUCCCAGUACCCCAACCUCCAGAAGAUUUUGUACACGAGUAUAAGCGAGCACAGAUACAUAGUUUAUAGUAAUAGUGAAGGGCUUUUAAGCUGCAAGCGCUAGCUGUGUAAUUUGUAUUUUUUUUUCACAAGGGCCAAGGAACUAGCUGCAGCAUUGAUAUACACAUAAUAAAAUAAUAAUAGUUAGAUAGUAAGAUAAAGUUUUACAUACAUGAUCCAUAAGAGAUGUGUCUCUCUAUAUAAAAUAUGAUAUAUACCGCUCAUUAAGCAGCCACGAAUCUGAAAAACUAACCUUUGUGAUUUAUAUAUCUAUUUCUUCCUUCCCGUUUAUGCACUGAAAUUGUAUUUUACGUAUCGUUUCCAUUCUCAUUUGAUUAUGUACUUCACCUCAUGCAAUCCUAAUUCACCCAUCUCUUUCUUUUCCAUUACGACUAUAUAACUAUCCAUCUCUAUCUCUCUCUCUGUCUAUGUCAAUGCCUUGGUUUACGAUUUUGGUUACGUUUCGAUCGAUAUUUUUCGCCUUCCCUUCGGUUUCGUUUGUUUCUUUUUAUUUUCCUUUCCCAACUAAAGUCUAUAUGCAAUUUUUCAUGUC